AUGUCAUUUUCUGCUGAACAGUUUGUUUCCAGAUUAAACAACUUAGAAGACUCCCAGGAGUCUAUUGGAAACGCUUCAAAAUGGUUAUUAUCUCAAUAUAGAGAUGCCUCAAAAGUUGCUGAAUUUUGGAAGAAUUACAUGCUGAGAAAGGACAUAAAUACUAGACGGAAACUGCUAGCAAUAUAUUUAGUAAAUCAUGUUGUACAACAGGCCAAGGCAAAGAAGAUUGGCCAGUUUCAAACUGCUCUUGGACAUGUGACAGCGGAAGUAUUAAGGGAAGUGUACCCAGUUCUUCCUAGAGAUCUAAAGAAGAAAGUAAGACGAGUCUGUGAUAUUUGGAGAGACAGGUGCAUUUUUUCCGAAGAUGUUUUGAGUGGCAUAAAAUCAUGUCUCGAUUCUGAGGAAACUGUGUCUGCUAGCACGCCGAUCCCACCAAAGCUUACGCCCUUAGUUGAGAGUUUUGACAAGCUAGAUAGAAUGGAACAAAAUGCCAAGGCUAUGAAGCUAAGAUUUGAUAACGCUAUCGGAGCAUUAGAUCCUUCCAGUGUUGUCUAUGAGGAAAAUUUUGGAAUAGUGGCUAAGAUAGGACAGACCGCAAUAGACACAGCAAACCAAUCCAUUCAAUUGAGAGAGCAUGCUUUAUCUCGGCUUAAAUCACUUUUGGAAUUAGAAAAAAAGCUCCUGGAUGAAGAGAGGAAUACGAUUGGCGAAAUGGAUAUCGCAAUAGCAUCUAGAAAUUCGGCAAGUGUAAACCAAGGUGCAGAAUAUGAAGAAGAUAUUUUGCCCACUUACGAAGCCGGAAACGAGGAUGAUGAGGAUGAUGAGCAGAAUAAUAGCAGCAGCAGCAAUAGCAGUGAUAGCGAUGAUGGUGAUAGCGGCAAGGACAUAUCAGAGCUAGACAACAAUAUAGUAUCUACUAAUAAACGACAACAUGAAUUAUCAAGCGAUAACUCACAAGCCAAAAAGCCAAAAAGCUCUUCUGAAGAUAUCGACGGCCGUUCUGUGCAGGAAUACGAGCCAGAAUCGUUACCAAACAACUCUAAUAGUCCACGUGAGAGCGGGACAUCAGGUGUGACGUCAAAUAUACAAGAUUUAUUAAGUAAACUAGCUAAUUAG